GGUGGUUGGCAACUAUUUAGCUCAUUACCUGUGUUAUUUUAUACAAGAAAAAUUAUUCUUUUAAAAUUAUUAAAAAAACUUAAAUAAGUUUUAAAACUAAGAUAUUAUUAAUUUAAAUGCAUGAAAAUUUAAAAUUUUUAAAAUGUAUAUACCAUCUGUAUCAACAAUUUUAGGAGCAAUAUUUCUUAUUUAUAUUGGUAAUUCGAUGUGGAUUAUGUCUCAAUUAUUUGUUAACAUACAGUGUUCUAGUGAACCCUGUUACAAAUCGUUUUUAGAUACAAAACCAAAACUUCAAUUAGCAUUAUUCGCUUCAACUUCUAUUAAUCCUUUAUCUAGUGAAGUUCAAAAAGUUGCAGCAAUCCCUAAUUUUAAUUACGAAAAGGAUUAUUUUGAAAAUUAUGAUGUAGACAUCCCAUUAAAAACUCGCCGAAAUGGAACAAUGUUUUUGCAUGUAGUAUUAGCACUUCAAGGAGAAUCAUUAGAUUGGCGAUCUUUGCAAAGAGAUGGUCCAACCGUAAUUCAAAGAGUUAAGCUGACUGAAUAUAUGAUACCAAAAGCAACAACAUUUAACUUAUUAGGAGAGAAAAAGUCUGAUCCGAAUGAUAAAAAGCAAGCUGUAGAAAAUAUAAAACCAGUGACACAUUUUCAAACGCAAGUAAAUGUCGUUAUACUGACUGAUAAUAUUUCAAUGUCUAAACAAGAUAUUCCACCAGAAUUAGCCCGUCUUUUAAGGAUCAAUCGUAAAAACGAAUUUCUUCCAAUUUUAUAUUCCGAUUUUUUUAGAUCCAGGAUGAAAAAUCUGGUUCAAAUAACUAAAAAUGAUACCGAAAUGCAACUGCAGUUUCAUUAUAACCCAAUUGGGAUUGGAAAAUUUCGUUUAAUGUUACAAAUUGAAUAUGCUACAAAAUCAAUGGAAUUAUUAGGAUUUUCAAAAAAGGAUGUUGAUGAAAUUAAAGGAAUAUUUUCUGAUACGAAUGUGUAUUUAUUAUGUGGAACAGUUCUUAUUGGUGGAGUUCAUUUAUUAUUUGAUUUUCUUUCAUUCAAAAAUGAUGUAUUGUUUUGGAAACGCAAAAAGAAUUAUGCCGGUUUAUCAAUGAGAACAACAAUUUGGCGUGCAUUUUCACAAUCCAUCAUAUUUUUAUAUUUAAUGGACGAAAAUACGUCAUUGUUGGUACUUAUUCCAGCUGGUAUUGCAGCUAUUAUUGAAAUAUGGAAAUGUAAAAAAAUACUAAAAGUUCAGUUUUCGUUUAGGAGCGGAUUCACUAAAGUUGUAGAAGAAAAAGAAAAAAAUCGAGAUAGUAUUCUAAAAGCUGAGCGAGAAACUCAACAAUUUGAUAAAGAAGCAAUGAAAUAUUUAAGUUACUUAUUGUAUCCGUUAUGCAUUUCAGGCGCAGUUUACUCGUUGAUAUAUCAACCUCAUAAAAGUUGGUAUUCAUGGACCUUGAAUUCUUUAGUUAAUGGUGUAUACGCGUUCGGUUUUCUAUUUAUGUUACCACAGCUAUUCGUUAAUUACAAAUUAAAGUCUGUUGCUGCAUUACCUUGGAGAGCAUUCAUGUACAAAGCAUUUAACACGUUUAUCGAUGACAUAUUUGCAUUUAUUAUAACAAUGCCAACAACUCAUAGAGUUGCCUGUUUUAGGGAUGAUAUUGUUUUUAUCAUAUAUUUAUAUCAAAGGUGGUUAUAUCCAGUUGACAAUAAACGAAUCGACACAGGCGAUACUGUUGUAGAACCCGAUCCAAUAGUAGAGAGUAUGCUAAAAAGCAGAAAUUUUAAUUUAGAUCAAAAAAUUGAAGAUAAGAAAAAGAAAUAAAGCGUUUAAAAUAAAAUUUUUCUUACAAUUCAUAGACGUACAUUUUAUGUUAAAAACCGAAUGUAUUAGUUAUGUGUUCGGAUAAUAACUAGCUUUAAUCGAAUUUAAUUGAGUUUCAAAAUGUUUUGACUAAACCCAGAAACCCUUAAAAAUACAGAAACCAGCUGUCAAUUUUGAUAAACACGUACUUUAACAAAUCAAAUUGUAUUUAAUCCGUCUCAAAAUAUGUUUUAAGUUUGUAAUUAUAAGUCCGACUAAAAUUCUAGAAACGCAUAAAUUAUUUUUAAUGUGCAAAGACAAAUGUGAUUUAACAAACAUAAUGAUUUUUAGUUUAAAUUUUUUUCUAUUAUGUUAUAAAAUUUUAUCGUUAUUUUAAACAUUUGUUUCAUUUUAAUUUUUUGAAUUUAAACUACCUACCUUAAGUUAAAUUUUAGAUUUUAGGAAGAUGAGUUAAGAAUAGCAUUUGAUUAAGAACGGACACUUUAUAGCGUAUUUAAAAUUAGU